UCUACCGCGCAGGCGCGGGGGGGCGGGGCCCUCCUCCCCCAGCCCACGACGGCGGCCGAGAGGGGACAGCCCGAGCAGGACCUGCGAUGGCGACCAGCUGGGCCGCCACCUUGGCCGAAGGGCCCCAACUGGAGGAGCUGGCGGCCCAGGCCGCCGACCGUGCCCUGGUCGAGGGCGUGCUGAUGCGGACCGAGGACUCGCCCGGCUCGUCCCACGUGGUGAGUUACGCCCCGUUCACGUUGUUCCCGUCGGCGGUGCCGAGGGCCCUGCUGGAACAGGCCUACGCGGCGCAGGCCGACUUCAACCGGCUCCUGGACGCCGUCAGCCGCAGCCCGGCCUUCCUGGAGCGGACGCUGGCCAGCACCAUCAAAAUGGAUGACUUCGUUGCUCAGCUCUUCAGCAUCUACAAGCAGGUUCUGAAGGAGGGUCUCGCCCAGACGGUGUUCCUGGGACUGAACCGCUCCGAUUACAUGUUCCACCGCGGCGCCGACGGCCCCCCGGCCUUGAAGCAGGUGGAGAUCAACACUAUCGCCGCCAGCUUCGGGGGUCUCUCCUCCAAGACCCCCGCCGUCCAUCGGCACGUGCUCGCCGUGUCGGGCAAGCCGGAGGAGGCGGCCGAAGUCCUUCCCAACAACCCAAGCAAAGGGCUCGCGCGGGGCAUCGCCAAGGCGUGGGAGCUGUACGGCUGCUCCGGGGCUGUCGUGCUGCUCGUCGCUCAGGAGAAGGAAAGGAAUAUAUUUGACCACCGCUAUGUGGAGUAUGAGCUGGCUGCCCGGAAUAUCCGGGUGAUCCGGUGCACGUUUGAAGAUGUCUCUGAAAGAGCGGCUUUGGAUAAGGACCGAAAGCUGUUCCUGGACGGCCGGGAGAUCGCCGUGGUCUACUUCCGGGACGGCUACAUGCCCGCUCAGUACAGCCCUCAGAACUGGGAGGCCCGGCUGCUGCUGGAGAGGUCGCGUGCCGUGAAGUGUCCGGACAUCGCCACCCACCUCGCCGGGACCAAGAAGGUUCAGCAGGAGCUGAGCCGCCCCGGGGUCCUGGAGACGCUGCUGCCCGGCCAGACGGAGUCCAUCGCGCGGCUCCGGGCCACCUUCGUGGGCCUCUAUUCCCUGGACCUGGGGAGUUGGCGAAAGACCAAGAAGGACCGACCGGAGAUCCAGGAGGAGAAGCGGGAGAGGACGGUCAGUGAAGCCGAGGGGGAAGAAGGAGACCGGGCGGUAGCUCGGGCCCUCGCAGCCCCGGCCCGGUUCGUCCUCAAGCCCCAGAGGGAGGGCGGAGGCAACAACCUGUACGGGGAAGAGAUGAAGCGAGAGCUGGAGAGGCUGAAGGGCAGCGCGGAGCGGGCCUCCUACAUCCUCAUGGACAAGAUCGAGCCCGAGCCCUUCCGGGCCUGCCUGCUGCGGCCCGGGGCCCCCGUCCGCUUGGCCGACUGCGUCUCGGAGCUCGGCAUCUUCGGGGUCUACGUCAGGCGCGGUGACGAGCUGCUGGUCAACGAGCACGCGGGGCACCUCCUCCGCACCAAGGCCGUGGAGCACGCGGACGGCGGGGUGGCCGCCGGGGUGGCCGUCCUGGACAACCCGUACCCGGUGUGAGAGCCGGGGGCGCCGGCUCGCCGCUUGGGGCCUGGGCCCCCCCGCCGCCGCCGCCGCCGCCUCCCGGGAUCCGUGGGGCACCGACCCGUUGGUCCCGUCCGCUCCCAAUCCCUCUGCAGCUGACCGGCAGGAGGGGGCCGGGGGGCGGGGGAGUGCGGCCGCGGGGAAGGAGGAGCGAGCCCGGGGGCCAAAGGCGGGCGGGAAGCGGGCUGCCCUCCGGGGCUCCGGGGCAGGUGGUGGGAAUAUGGUGGCGGGGGCUGUGCAAGUGACUGUCCCAACUCUCACCUCCCUCGGCCCCUAAUUAAAGCCGUUGGUUAAAGAUG